GAUGGAGCCUACCAACACACUUUCUGAGAAAUUGUCCCUUGCCAUCCGCGUUUUCUUCAGCCUUCUUCCAAUUAGAACUUCUGCAACUGUAUCUGAAGUUUCCCCGAUCCAGUGAUUCCAAUUUCCACACACAUUCCUACCAAGGCUCUUAAAAAGACCAUAUUCAUACUCUUAACAAUACCAUCAAAAUCAAAGUCAACUCUUGAAUCAGCAAUGAUCACUGAUGUACCUUCUUCUUCCUCUCCCUCUCCCUCCAUCAAGACCCGUAGAUGGAUCAACCAUGUAUUCAUCAGUUUCAGGGGUGCAGACACCAGAAAAGGCUUCACAGAUCACCUUUAUGCUGCACUGGAAAGAAGGGGUUGUAUCAAAACUUUCAAGGAUGAUCAUGACCUUGAGAGUGGGGAAAUCAUAUCUGAAGGGCUCAUCAAGGGAAUUCAAGAGUCCAUGUUUGCGCUUGUUGUCCUCUCACCAAACUAUGCUUCCUCAAGAUGGUGCUUGGAUGAGCUGCAAAACAUCGUUGAGUGCAGGGAAAAGUUCAACCAAGUGGUUUUUCCUAUCUUCUAUGGUGUAGAAUCCUCUGAUGUAAGGUAUCAGAGAGGAACCUUUGAAGAAGCUUUCAGAAAACAUGAAGACAGGUUCAAAGAAGAGAAGGGGAAAGUCCAAAGAUGGAGAGAUGCAUUGCAAAAAGUUGCAAGUUAUUCCGGUUGGGACUCCAAAGAUAAUCAUGAGGCAGCAUUGAUUGAAAGAAUUGUUGAUCACAUACAAAAAUUACUGAUUCCUAAGUUGCCAUCAUGGGUAGGAAACCUCGUUGGUGUUGAAUCAAGGAUGAAAAAGUUGAAUUCACUCAUCGGUAUGCAGUUGGAUGACAUUCGCUUCAUAGGUAUAUGGGGCAUGGGAGGCAUAGGAAAAACAACAACUGCCAGAUUAAUAUAUGAAUCAAUCAAAGAGCAGUUCAACUUUAGUUGCUUUCUUGCAAACAUUAGAGAGGUUUCUGCAAAAAAUGGCAUAGUUCACAUCCAAAGGGAACUUCUUUCUCAUCUUUCUGUAAGAAGUAAUUACUUUCAUAAUUUGUUUGAUGGGGUAAAAAUAAUAGCAAACUCUUUGCACAACAAAAAGGUCCUCCUUGUUCUUGAUGAUAUAAGUGAAAGAAGCCAAUUAGAGAACUUAGCCGGAAAACAAGAAUGGUUUGGUCCCGGUAGCAGAAUAAUAAUCACUACUAGAGAUAAGCAUCUGCUAGUGAUACAUGGUGUGCAUCAGACAUGCGAGCUUGAAGGCUUAGUUCAGGAAGAAGCCCUUCAUUUAUUCUGUCUGAAAGCUUUUAAACAAGAUCAACCCAAAAGCCAAUAUCAGAAUUUGUGCAGCGAAGUGGUUCAAUACACAAGAGGCCUUCCAUUGGCACUUGAAGUAUUGGGAUCCCAUCUUUGUGGAAGAACUCCUGUGGCUUGGGAUAGUGCUUUAAACCAAUUAAGAAGUUCUCCACACCCUGAAAUCCAAAAUUCAUUGAAAAUAAGUUUUGAAAGUUUGGCUAGCACAGAGAGAGAAAUGUUUUUGGAUGUUGCUUGUUUCUUCAAAGGCAUUGACAAGGAUGACGUAGUAGAAGUGUUAGAAAAUUGUGGUCAUUUUCCACAAAUUGGAAUUGAUAUUUUGAUUGACAAAUCUUUGGUCACUCUUGGUAGGCGUAAUCAAUUGGAAAUGCAUGAUUUACUUGAAGAAAUGGGAAAGAAUAUAGUGUUUCAAGAAUCUCCAAAUGAUCCAGGAAAACGUAGUAGAUUGUGGUCUCAUGAUGACAUCAGCCGUGUGUUGUCACAAAAUAAGGGAACUGAAGCAAUUCAAGCAAUAAUACACUAUGCUCAACCAAAUGAAGCAAGAUGGAGCUCUGAAGCUUUCUCCAAGACCAGCAACCUAAGGUUGCUAAAGAUACGUAAUGUGUAUCGUCUUUCCCAUGGCCUUGAUUGCCUUCCUUAUGCACUCAGAGUUCUUGACUGGCAAGAAUGCCCUCUGAAAACUCUGCCACUUACUGAUCAACUGGAUGUUGUUGACAUCAAUUUGUCUUGCAGCAAAAUUGAACAACUUUGGCACGGAACAAAGAUUUUACAUAAGUUGAAGUGCAUCAACUUGAGUUUUUCAUAUAACCUAAACCAAACCCCUGACUUUGUGGAGGUUCCGAAUCUCGAAUCAUUAGUUCUUGAACAUUGUACAAGCCUAACCGAAAUCCACUCAUCUGUUAUGCACCUCAAGAAACUUGUUCAAUUGAACUUAAAAGGCUGCAAAAGGCUCAAAGCUCUUCCAGGUAAAAUGGAGAUGAGUUCAUUAAAGGUUUUAAAUCUUUCUGGUUGCUCAAACAUGAACACUGUCCCAGACUUUGGGAAUUGCAUGGGACAUCUAGCAGAGCUUCAUUUGGAUGGAACUGCUGUAACAGAGCUACCUUCAUCACUAGGAUGUCUGGUUGGACUUGUUCUUUUGCAUUUACAGAAUUGCAUGUAUCUUGUUUGCCUUCCGGAUACCAUUCAUAAGUUGAAGUCCCUCAAAGUUCUUAAUGUUUCUAAUUGCUCGAAACUCAGUAGCUUGCCAGAGUGCCUACAGGAAAUGAAUAAUCUGGAAGAACUUUAUGCAAGCAAUACUGCCAUUGAAGAACUACCUUUAUUUCCAUUAAGCAUAAAAAGAAUAGAUGCAAUCAACUGUGCCUCAUUGGUAACUUCUACAUUCCAUCCAUCUAGCAAAUGCAGCAUUUUUGCAUCACCUGUACAAUGGCACUUACCAAGAGAACGGAAGGGGAUUUGCUUUCCGAGAACACCAUUCGACAUGCUUAUCACAGGCAAUGAAAUUCCAUCAUGGUUUGCACCUCAAAAGUCCUCUUCCUUUGCAGAAAUACCAUUUCCUCAUCCUUCUCCUCCAACUGAAUGGCUGGGAUAUGCUCUCUGUUUCUUGCUGGUAGCGGAUCGGCCUCAGAAGUAUUACCGUACAUGGAUCACUUGUUACACGGCAACACAAACAUCAGCCAACAAAAUAAUGGUACCGGAUAAAGAUGAUUGGAGGGGUGAGUCUCACGUGAUCACCAGGAGUGUUCCUCUUCUGGAGGCAAAACAACCUCACCUUUACAUUCUCUUUCUGUCCAUUGGAGAAUACCUUGAAAGAAUGCAUACAGGUUAUGGAUUUGGUUUGAGGAGUUGGCCUGGCCGUUCAUUGAGAAUAGUGCAGGCUGGGUGUCGUCUGGUGUGCAAGGAAGAUCUUCAAGAUAUUUAUGGAAAUCAUUCCCAUACUUCCUCUGUAGGGCCUAAUAAAAAACAAACAAAAAAGAAACAAUCGCGAUGGGCCAAACCCAUAACCUUUCUUUCUUUUCGUUCUACUCCAACGGCACACACAAACACUUCAAUGCAGCCGUGACCCAAAAAAAAAAAAAAGAACUUUAAUGCAGCAAUACACACGUGUGGGCGAGUAUGUAAUGCCUAUGUUGUUGUUGUGGUUGUUGUGUGGACAAGAAAUUUGAAUUUUAUUUAAGAAUUUAUUAUAUGUAUAAAUUAAAAUUCAAACUCUCAACACUUGUUUAAGAAAA